AUGCCUGCACCCGGUAUCCCGGCGCCAGAUAUGUCUGGUGUUGAUUCUGGACUUCAACCCACGCUCAUAGCAAUGCUGUAUCUUUUUCCUGGACUUGCACUCGUGGUGCUACUGGUUCGGUUCUGGAGGAAAUGGGUAGAUAACAUUCUUGGCGGAGACGAUGCACUGAUCGCCAUCGCCUGGGCUCUCGCCUUAGGCAACAGCGUCAUUACGCAUCAGUUUUGUGUGGCGCUAUAUACUGGUUAUCACGAUAAGGAUGUCCCGUAUCCAACUAUUGACUUCGUUCAUGCAUUCAAGCUCAAAUAUGGUCUCAGCGUUAUAUAUUCACCAUGCAUCGGUUUCGUCAAAGCCUCCUUCCUAUGGACGCUCUACAAGCUUCGUUCAAACAACCCUUGGAUCAAGCGAUCUAUCAUUAGCCUCCAGGCGAUCAACACUGCAUUCAUCGUUGCAUUCACCAUACUCGCGGCGAUACCCUGCCUACCAAUCGCAAAGAACUGGCAACCAGAUCUUCCUGGACGUUGCUACGAUCCGCUAGAUUAUAUUUUGGCCAACAUCUCUAUUGUACUCAUCACCGACGUGUUGGUUCUCCUCAUUCCUACAUGGAUCAUCUGGGACUUGCAAAUGCCACUCAAGCGAAAAAUUGUCACAGUAUCGUUCCUCUCUCUCGGUUUCAUCGUAAUCGCAAUCGGCGUCGUGCGUUUCAUCUGGCUCAUCAAUUCGUUCCAAGGCAGAACCAAAAGCUACAGCGUCGAAGCAUCUUACUCCGCGAUAGAGUCUAGUGUCGCCAUCAUCGGAACCUCAGGGCCGACUAUUAAAUACAUAUUGUCGCGCUUCAUACCCUGGCUCCGUCCUUCGUUCGAACGCUCUUCCGGGAACAAGAAUUCAUAUAACAAAUAUGGCAACCAUACUGAUGUUGUUGCCCAACGAAGCAGGUCGCAGUACGGCGCACAAAGUGGAUAUGAUGACUUGGACAGGAUGAGUGUUCAUCAUCAGGAAUUCGAGAUGAAGAGUGGCUGGCAAAAGAAGAAGGGAUGGGAUGACGAUGCAAGAAGUGAUGAGCAGCACAUCACAGGGGACGGCAUCAACAAGACUGUGGAAUGGACAAUACACUCGAGAGAAGAAGUACGAAUAGGCAAAGCGGUGUCAGUUGAUCCAAAUACCACGAACGGAAAGCCUGCUGCGAGUCCCACGCAGAUCAUCUAA